GCCGGGCCCGGGCCCGCCCAUGAAUAUCCAGCUCGUGCGGAUGCCCUCCGAGGCGUCGCCGAGGAAGUACGGCGCGGAGUAGUACCGGCGCAGGAGCCGCCCGGCCUCGUCCCGGCAGUUGUUCCAGCCCACGUACCACGGCCUCUCGCCCGGCGCCAAUGCAGCCCGGGCGGCGGGCAUGCGAAAGACCUCCGCCAGCGAGCGGAACUCCGUGCGAUAGGGGAAGAACUGGCAGUUUUCGCCGGCGUUGUCCGUCGAUUCGUAGAGGGUUUUGAAGAAGUCGAAGGUGAAGGAUUGGAUGGCCGGCCAGUCUUGAGUGGCGUCUGUUAUUACAACUGGUUUGCCUCGUUUGGUGUAUUUUUGGUAGAAAUCUGUCGGUGAGAUUCGCGAAAUUUUUUCUACUGUUGUGAUGUUUUCGCAGAAAGCGCAAUUUUCCGGCUCUUUGAACACUUUACUGGCAUCCACAGGCAUUUCCACCACGCACUAGAAAUACCACACAAUUCAAGUAAAAUGAUAUACAGGGUGGCAAAGAACUCACGCUCCACUGGGAAAUCCCUUAUGGAAACGACAAUGGAGAUGCCAAAACUGCAGUCGAAGGCAGGAAAAAGAUUCUAUUUCCUUUACACUUUCAACGUUAACAAAUGCUAACAAAAUUAGCUGUGACUAUUGAUCAAAGAUUUGCUUCUAAAUCGAUCAUUCAGGAGCUUCGUCGUGCUGAUAUCAAACCUACAGAAUUUUUUAUCGCUUCAAAAGUGGUUCGAAUCGAAUGAUCCAUUUUUUGAUCGAUUUUAAAGCAAAUCUUUAAUCAAUAAUUACAGCUGAUUUUGGCAACUUUUGUUAACCUUGAAAGUGAAAAGGAAAUAGAAUCUUUCAAUAAUAUCAAAUUAGUGUAUAGCUAAUUCACGUCAUUUUCGUGGAUUUGAAUUCCCACUGGGAUUGGUCGAUUUUGAACCUCUAUAUUUACCAAAAGAAAAACUUUUUUAUGUUUUCGACUGCAGUUUUGGCAUCUCCAUUGUCGUUUCCAUAAGACAUUUCCCGGUGGGGCGUGAGUUCUGGGCCACCCUGUAUACAGUAUGUGUCUUGAUGGUCUCACCAAAUUCUGCACCACCCUGUAUAUACUUACUCACCUCGGAAUGGUAGAACAAAUACGCGUUUCUGUGCAAAACGCAGCAGAAAACUACCGCAUAAAAGCACACUUUGAUUUCCCUCUUGUAGAGGAAAAGUAACUUUUUAUUGAAGUAUUUUCCGGCGCGUUUUGCUAGGGAAACGUCCAGCGUUUUUCCCAGCAUGUUGGUGGCUCGAAGGGCGAAUUGCCACUGGACGAUUUCCUGAAGGAAGGAACCUCCGGAGAAGGUCUUAUCGGAAACGCCAGGCGAGCGGAGGAAAUGAAGCGCGAGGGAAAUCGAAUGGGAUUUUCCGGACAUAUGUGCCCGAAGUAAUUCAAUUAGUAAUCCAAUGGAACUUCAUUGGAUGCUGAUUUGAUUUUAUUGUACUAGAUUUGUUAAUACAGGGUGCACCAAAAGACUGUCUUGAAGUUAGUAAAACUUAUUCGAGCUCAUUUAAUUUGGGUUUUUUCGGUGAGUAAUUUUAAUUUAUUGCGAUAGAAUAAAUUUCGUUUGAAUUAGCGAAAGUAGAAAAAAUAUUAAAUUAGCAAACCGCGAUAUAAAUACAUGAAUAUUUCAGUUUAUACACGAAUAAAUUAUACAUGAACUAGUUCACCCCGUUUAGAAUAAACAUCCAAAAUUAAUUCGAGAAUAUUAUUAAACAUUUCGGAUUUAUCUUGUAAGGAAGUAAGUAAAAGUAUUUAUGUAAAUAAAUUCCAUAUUAAAUAUACAUUUGUUAUAAAAAAUCCCCCAGUUUGCGGUAUCUAUAAUGUAUACCGGUUAUUUUUAUCACUUUAUCCUUACUGGUAAUGGAAAAAAAUACCAAAGUCGGUAAAUCCAAUUAAUAUAUGGAAAGGAUUUAUUUGCUAUAUUAUUUAGAGAGUGAAACGAAUGAAUGUAAACUAUAACACCUAGAGUAGGUGUAACAAUAAACAUUGUAUAAGUUGUUAGUGUAUUACAAAUUCGCAGGAAAUAAUAAGAUUGCGAUUUUUUCGGCGUGAACCAGGAUAUUCGUUUUGGAAAAACGCAACGCCGUCGGCGAGAAAACCUCGGUGGAAAAAUCGAAAAUAGAACUUCUUGAACGAUUUCGCGGCCGCCUGUUCGAAAACUACACUCAAAUGAACUUGCGUUGUUGGACCAGAUAUUUCGCGUGUGUGCAUCUUAUUUUUAGGAAUUAGUUUAAGCGCGCCGCAAAAGAGCGAUAUACGCUGUUAUAGGCGCGGAUAAACUAUUAUGAAAUCGCCGUGUAAUUGUUCGGCAUUGAGGUGUAUAUAAAUCCUUAACGAGUCUACCGGCGGAAUGUUCGCACGAUAGCCCGUCUCGGCGACUGUUAAGCGAGAUAAUUUUUCCGUGAUUUUUGUGGUGGGUUUUUCCGCAGAAAGAAGCGCCAUGGGGACCGAGGAGAUGAAGAAAAACGGGACGAUGGAAUUGUUCAAUUCCAGGUUUAUACCAGAUGGAAGGGGGAUAGACAAUAUAAACAAACUAACCAGCCACGAUGACCUCAACGCCAUGGAAAACAACAACAAAGAAGAAUACAAGCCAUACGAGCACCGGAAUUUGCAACACCCCAAUUCAUACUUCGGUGCAGUGGUGCAUAUCGUUAAAGGAUCGCUGGGAAUCGGGAUAUUAUCGGUUCCGAGGGCUUUCAAAACGGCGGGACUGUUGAUGGGCACAUUAGGCACGAUAUUCGUGGGCGUAUUGUGUACAUACAACAUACAUUUACUGGUUCGAGCGUCGCACAAAAUAUGCCAAAGGACGAGGACGCCCAGUUUAGGAUUCGCCGAGACAAUCGAGUAUCUAUUUCGACACGGGCGCGGCCCGAAGUGGAUCGCAUGGUGGGCGCCGUUCGCCAAGAUCUUCGUUGAAGUAGCGCUGAGCUUGACCUAUUACCUCUCCAACGCCGUUUACAUCCUCCUAAUAUCAGAAUCGCUGGUGAAGGUGGUAUCGUUCUAUUACCCGCUAGAAGACAUCUGGUCGUUCUAUUUCAAACUGAUCAGUUUCGUGAUACUGAGUUUCCUGUGCCAGAUACGCGAAUUGAAGUACCUGGUACCGUUUUCGCUGACGGCCAAUUUGACUCUAUCCAUCACAUUCGGCAUCACCCUGUAUUACAUGAUAGGAGCCAUCAAAGACGUGGAUAUAUCCGAUAGGAACCUGUUCACGGGUAUCGCCAACGUGCCGAGUUUCCUCAGCACCGUGCUGUUUUCCAUAGAAGGAAUAGGCACCAUCAUGCCCGUGGAGAAUUCUAUGAAAGAACCGAAAUUCCUGGGGCCCGUCGGGGUGCUGAACGUGGCGAUGUUCUUCGUGGUGAGCCUGUACACAGCGAUGGGGUUCUUCGGGUACUACGCCUUCGGGGAAUCCACGCAGGCGGCCAUAACGCAAAAUCUACCGGACGGGGGCAUUCCGGCGCAGAUCGUGCAAAUUUGCAUAUCCAUCGCCAUGCUGUUCUCGUUCAUGCUGGUGUUCUACGUGCCCACGGAGAUACUGUGGAAGCGCGUCGGGCCGAAGACGCCCGAACGGUGGCGCAAUCCGGUGCAGGUGGUGCUGCGGGUGGGCACGGUGGGGUUCGUGAUACUGCUGGCCUCGCUGGCCGGCCACAACAUGGACUCGAUGAUCGAUCUGACCGGCGCCGUGUUCUUCUCCAUAUUGGGCAUGCUGGUGCCCGCCGUGGCCGACGUGCUGGUCAACUGGAAGGACUGGGGAACGUGUAAUUACGUCAUUUGGAAGAACGUGUUGUUGUUUGUGGCGUUUUGGUUUUCGUUUAUAUCGGGAACGACGGUGGCCGUACGGAAUUUGUAGAAUAAAAUUUUUAAAUUUCCCCUGGUUUCGUGUAUUAAUCCUGCUGUAGAUUAUUAACGGGAUGGGGCGUGGAAAAUUAAGCAACAGACGACAUUAUUAUAUUUUCAACGAUUUUUUUUUAUUCAGCUCGAAACGAAAUCUUACACUUGGUCCGUUUACUCUGCGACACCUAGCAAAUACAUAAAAAAUAUGUACAAAAGACUUACCGUUCUCGAUAAUAAUUUACUAAAUAUAUUAAACGACUCUUUAUGACUAAGUGUACUGGAUUCUUCGUAUCCCGAAAAAAACUCGAGAGGUGCUAUUUGAUAUUCCGAAACAUACUACGACUGCACAUACACGACUAUUUUUUUUAAUUAUAACAUAUUCUAAAUAAAAACGUAGCACAACAACAUAUUUAUUAAACAGUUCAUUGGUAAAUAACGUGAUAAGACAAUUCCCUAUGUAUUUGAUAACACUAAUUUGUUCAAAUCGAUACAAUUAAAUUUAAACCUGCCGAUAAACAAUAAACAACGUGUCAAAGCGCGACGCAAAUAACGCAAAUAACACCUCUCUUUCUCUCUGCGUAUCAAAAACAGAACAUGUACAUUUACGAGGUGAUCUAAGAUCUACGAAGUUACAAUUGUAAAUAUAACAAACAUCUUAAUACGGUAAUUUGGGGGCUAUUAAAAGAAACUAAAUUUGGUGUUUUUUGGCGCAUUACAAAAAAUAUAUAGUGCACGUAAGAGUCGAACGUUUUAUUCUUUUCGCGCUUUUCGCUUCCUCGGGCCUUCCCCGGACGCUUUAGCUU